AUGCGGGAUGUCUGUCCUGAAGUUCCGGGUGAUCUAGUUGUGCGGGAUGAGUACCUAGGCUGGGUAGUCAAGAAACCUCCUCCAUUUACAGAGAUUGAUUAUUAUGGAGUGACAUUCGACCAUCUUGUCCCGGCUGACGACACAGAUCCAGAGGUAUUGCAGAUCAACAUCAUUGAGAUCGAGGAUGAUGAUGGUGCUUAUGCGAAUGAGAACUUGCCAUUUGCAGUUGAUCCCGCUGAUUUUAUCGGGAAGAAGGUGCUAGCCGUGCCAAGAUGUUGCCAAAAGAGGAAGGGGACUCAAGACCGUGGACGAGUGAAUGAUAGUGUGCAAGCGAAGGAUCAAAGGAGACAACAGUUAUCUUUGUAG